CAUAGGCGGGUACGGGUGCAUCAACACCAGCCCUAUCCCACUCGGCCUCCCGCCUUCCUGACCCGCGACGUCGCGAGCAGACCGACAAUCGCUGCAUAAGUGUAACAACACAUCGUAACAUGGCCGACCCGGGAAUGUUCUCGGUGCGCCGUCAGACUCUAGGACCAGUAAACAACAACUCCUCCGCGAUUCCCAUGCCCGCUUCCGCCAUGAAGCGCUCAAGCUCGAUCAACAACAUGAACCAACCCCAAUUCCCUCCGAAUCACGCCCGGUCGAAGAGUGGAAGUAGAAUGUCCCUCGCGCCCGGUCGCCCGAGCCAGCCGCUCUUCCCACGCUCAUCCUCUGGAACAGACCUUGCGCAAGGCUUCCAGUCAGUACAUCGUAAUUCGACAAGCAACUUCGGCGCAAGCAGUGCGCGCAAGAGCUUUGCGCCUGGCGCCUCCAUAUUCCAAACACCCGCCCCCCCUUCUGGUCCCAACUUCGAACAGAGCGCACAACGAAGGAGCAGCGUCUUCAAAUCGCGAGCCUCGCAUGUAACUGGACAAUCUGGUGUAAAACAAUCCUUUUUCCAACAGGCGCCUAUGCCAUCCGUCCCCCCGACGGACCCACGGCGACUCAAAGAUGCAAGCACCCGUCAGCACAUGGCUCAGGAGCUGCUCGAAUACCUGACCCAAAACAACUUUGAGAUGGAGUCUAAACAUGUCCUCUCAGCAAAAGCCAUGACUUCGCCAACGCAGAAGGAUUUCAACUGCAUGUUUCAAUGGCUCUACAACCGCAUUGAUCCCAGUUACCGCUUUCAGAAAUCAAUCGACCAAGAGGUGCCAGUACUGCUGAAGCAGAUGCGCUACCCAUUCGAGAAGUCGAUUAUGAAAUCCCAGAUCGCGGCUGUUGGUGGAAACAACUGGUACACAUUUUUGGGUCUUUUGCACUGGAUGAUGCAAUUGGCACGCCUGAUGCAGGCUUAUGAGACCGGUACAUACGACGACGCUUGCUUUGAGGCUGGCUUCGACGUCUCUGGAGAUCGCAUCAUCUUUGACUUCUUGUCAGACGCCUACAGCACUUGGCUGUCUGCAGAAGACGACGACGACGAUGAAGAGGCGCAGAAGAAACACAUGGAGCCUCACAUCCGAACAAUGGCUGCGAAGUUUGAUGCUGCAAAUGCACAGCACCAUGAGCAGGUCGCCCUUCUAGAGGCUGAGCACAAGUACCUCCAAGACCAGAUCGAAGAGCUAGGCAAGUCCGGUCCCAGAAUUCAAAAGCUCGAGGAGCAGAUCCGUAUCCUGGAAGAAGAUCGCGUCAAGUUCGAGAACUACAACAACUCCAUGGAUACCAAGGUCAAGAAGUACAGCGACCGCUGCUCAUUCUUGGAGAAGUCGAUCGAAGAGAUUGAAGCAGAGCUUGAGGCCUCCGAGAAGGAGCAGCAAGAGCUUCAAGCUAUCAUUGACGGUCGAGGCAUGACCAUCUCGGAUAUUGACCGUAUGGCAAAUGAAAGAGACCGCCUUGAUACUUCCCUGCAGGCAACGACAGUCCGUCUAGAGGAGUCCAAGAAGCGUGUUGCGGAGAAGGAAGUCGCUGCAUCCCGCAAACUGGACGAGCUCGAACAAACGAUUGAGCGCUACAACAACCUGGGUUACCAGAUUGGCGUCAUCCCCUCCACAGCCGUCAACGCUAAGGGGCAAGACUAUGAACUUGUCCUUACUAUUACAGAUGGCCCCAACUUUUCAGGUUCGCAAAUGGGCGGCUCAUCACAAGACGCAUCAGACCGUCUUCUCCACGACGCAGGCACAGGGUACUCACCAGCACAUCUGCUUAACCUAGACCUACGCGGCACAGUAAAGGCCAAUAUCAUCGCACUCCGCAAGGAGAUUGCAGAACGACGCAACCAAGCCCUAGAAGCUGACAUGAACAACCACGAUCUCCUCGACAAGAUCAAAGAAGCCAUGGACGACAAGCAAGCCGAAGUCGAAGCUCUCGGCCACCGCGUAGCCCAAGCAGAAGAAGAGCUAGAAAAGCUCCGCGAAAUCACAAACACGCAAAAGAGUCAGUCUGACGCACAGAUUGAGCGCAUGGAGAAAGAGCUAGGCCGUAUGCGUAGCGGCCUGGGAGAAAGCGUACAACUGAUGGUACAACGAGAGAUGGCCGUCAACAUCGAAUACGAACAACUCCAACUCCGCGCCAACGCCCUCCGCGAAGAACUCCACACAGAAAUCGAGCGAAUGCUCGACGACAUUGUGCGCUUCAAACUCCACGUACAGAAGAGUUUGGAGGAGUACGAGCAGUUCAUCGCUGAUGAAGUGGAGCGUAGCUGUGAAGAACAGGAUCUGCUCGCCGAGGGCGAGGAUGAGGACAUGGUCGAGGAGGCGUGAAGCACGUCAUUUGAGAACGUGACAUGAGCGACGGGUUAAUGCGUUGACUAUGAGCUUAUGAUGGAGUUUCUGGUGCUAGAUACCACGUUGAUGUUGAUUGGGAGUUUGCAAAGGAACCUUUUGGGAGGGUUGUUUUUACGGAUACCUUUCUGAGAUACCUCUUGUC